AUGGAACUGGAAACUGGCAAGCCUACCAUUGCUUCUUAUGAUGAUGACGAUGUAAGAUCAAAAAGAACAGGAACUUGGGUGAGUGCAAGUGCACAUAUAAUAACAGCAGUUAUAGGUUCAGGAGUGUUGUCUCUUUCAUGGAGGAUUGCUCAGUUAGGGUGGAUUGCUGGCCCCAUUGCUCUUGUUGUCUUCUCUGUCAUCACCUGGUUCACAUCGAAUCUGCUAGCUGAUUGUUGCAGGGACCCUGUUUCUGGAACAAGAUUUAACUGUUACAUGGAUGCUGUCAAAUCUAACUUAGGAGGAAUCAAUAACAAGUUUUGUGGAAUAGCACAAUAUGUGAAUCUUGUGGGGGUAACAAUUGGAUAUUCAAUCACUUCAGCUAUUAGUAUGGCGGCGAUAAAAAGAUCAGGUUGCUUUCACAAAGAGGGCCAUGCUGUAGGCUGCCAUGUCAAGAACAAUAUGUUCAUUAUUAUCUUCGGCAUCAUAGAGAUCACAUUGAGCCAAAUUCCAAACUUCCAUGAGCUCUCGUGGCUCUCCGUGGUCGCUGUCGUUAUGUCGUUUGCCUACUCUUGCAUCGGCGUCGGUCUAUCAAUAGCCAGAGUUGUAGGAGGAUCUCGUUCUAGGACGAGCUUGACAGGGACGACGAUCAGGGUCGAUGUGACGGACUGGGAGAAGGUUUGGAACGCCUUCGAGGCCCUCGGUGACAUCGCAUUCGCCUAUGGUUUCUCCAAUGUCCUCGUUGAAAUACAGGCGAGUCUCCUGGAGGAAAAGAGCUCUAUUUAUAGCAAAAGAAUUUCCCUUCCUCCUUAUACACAACCAAUGUGGGAUUUUGUCAAAAAACCAACGACUCUGGAAUCAAGUCCACCAGAAUAUGAAUCAAUGAAAAAGGCAACCUCGAUCGGUAUCUCGGUCACCACCAUGUUCUACGUUUCGUGUGGAGUUCUGGGUUAUGCAGCAUUCGGGAACACCGCUCCAGGCAAUUUCCUAACAGGGUUUGGGUUUUACGAACCUUACUGGCUUAUCGACAUUGCUAAUCUGUGCAUUAUUAUUCAUCUUGUGGGAGCUUAUCAGGUAUUCUGCCAACCAAUAUUCAAACAGGUUGAAGACUGGUGCUUAAACCGAUUGCCAAACAACAAUUUCAUAAAAGGAAGUCGACCAAUUAAGCUUCCGUUGUUUGGGGACUAUACUUUCAGUACCUUCAGGCUUGUAUGGCGAACGGCUUACGUGAUCACGACAACCGUGGUGGCGAUGCUUAUCCCGUUCUUCAACGGCAUUCUCGGUCUGCUCGGCGCCGCUUCAUUUUGGCUGCUGACCGUGUAUUUCCCGAUCCAAAUGCACAUAUCGAGAGAAAACAUUCGACCCUUUUACUGGAAAUGGAUAUGGCUAAACGUCCUGGUCAUGGCCUGCUUGAUUAUAUCGGUUCUAGCAGCGGCUGGCUCCAUUGCUGUAAUCGCUAAGGAUCUCCAAACAUACAAGCCUCUCACCUCAGUUUCUUAA